GUAGCCCCGAGGUCCAAUCUCCUCUUCACACACAGCACGCCGCCGUGGCUGUCAUCAGCCUUCUAGAGGCCUUCAGCUAGCGGACCGAGUGUGUCAAGUGUUGGAUAUGUGUAUGUGUAUGCGAAGCGAGGACAAGGAGCCGAAGCGAACAUGCGGAGAAGGUCCAAAGACGGGCGCCACCGAUCGUGGCAGCCUGGCGUGCCUGGCAGGUCGGCCUUCGCCAGGAUGUCAAGUGGUUGCACGCAUCAGGAUGGAUGAUUUCGCAGCAAGACAAUUGGUUUUGCAAAAUCGAGGACGACAUCAGCCCAGUGGCAUGCCCACUCGCCCGGGAUCACGCGCUGACCCGGGAGUUUUCCUGGACACGACUGCGUUGUGGCCGUCACGAUCGUCCCCCUACGUUCACGUCAACCCCGCAAAAUAUCGUGCAUUGCAUUCGAAAUCAUCCCCUUGGCGGGCGAUGAACAUGUCAGAGUGUGUCAAAUGAUUGCGGCUGCCACACAUGUUGUGCAUGAACUGACAUGACUGCUGAUGCCCAGCGAUGAGCAGCGGAUGCCAUGGUCCGGAUCAGGUUUCGAGAAGGAAUCUGGGCCAGAGAUGGCAACGUGCGAUAGAGCGAAGC